ACAAAACAAAGACGAAGAAGACCCGAAUGCACUAGAUGAGAACUUACCAGAAGAGAGCAGUGAUUUUUUUUCGCCCCCUCCACAUGACCUUUCCUCCUCGAAGGAUUCGACUGUGUUUAUUCAUGGAUAGCAUUUGUUUGGCCGUGUGAACUGGAAAUAGUAACUCAAUCGAAGAAGAAAAACGAUUUCGGGGACCUACACGACAAAAAGAAGGACCUUCCACAGCAGCAACGCAAGGUAGCGGGAACGUCCUGAUGGUGUGUUUCUUCAGUUGAAGAAGCCCACUCGUCACAGUGUGUCAAUCUGCCAAGCCAGCAUGUCUAUCGCCAACACGCCUACCAGCAACGACGCCUGCCUGAGCAUCGUGCACAGCUUGAUGUGCCACAGGCAAGGCGGCGAGAGUGAGAGCUUCGCCAAACGGGCUAUUGAGAGUCUGGUUAAGAAGCUCAAGGAGAAGAAGGAUGAGCUAGACUCGCUCAUCACCGCUAUUACCACCAAUGGCGCGCAUCCCAGCAAAUGCGUCACCAUACCUAGGACAUUGGACGGACGACUACAGGUGGCUGGACGUAAGGGUUUCCCACAUGUUGUUUACGCCAAGCUUUGGCGCUGGCCCGACCUGCACAAGAAUGAGUUGAAGCACGUCAAAUAUUGCCAGUAUGCCUUUGACCUCAAGGCUGACAGCGUGUGCGUCAAUCCUUAUCACUACGAGCGAGUGGUCUCUCCCGGCAUUGACAUUUCAGGACUGAAUCUAACAGGCUCCAGGCCCGGCUCGGCAUUGAUGGUCAAAGACGAGCACGAUUUCGAUGGGCCCCAAAGUCUGCCCCCCAUGGAUGAGGGUCGCUCAAUGCAGACCAUUCAACACCCUCCAUCAGGGGGUCGUCCAGGGCCCUCUGACCUAUUUGCGCCCACUAACAUGCUCCCUCCCGCUGAGGCGUCCACCUCCGCCUCCACGUCAUCAUUCCCAACUGUCGCCACAGGAUCAGCUAGUGGCAAUACAGUCUGGUCAAGGAACAGCAGCUUCACCCCGAAUACACCACACCACAGCAACGGUCAUCUCCAGCACCAUCCGCCCAUGCCACAGCCAGCACACUACUGGUCAGUCCACGACGAGUUUGCCUUUCAACCCCCCAUAUCCAACCAUCCCGCUCCAGACUACUGGUGCUCCAUUGCCUACUUUGAAAUGGACUUGCAAGUGGGCGAGACCUUCAAGGUGCCGUCGUCGUGCCCCGUCGUGACCGUAGAUGGUUACGUGGACCCUUCAGGUGGCGACCGCUUCUGUCUGGGCCAACUCAGCAACGUUCAUCGCACUGAAGCCAUUGAAAGAGCCAGGCUUCAUAUAGGCAAAGGUGUGCAGCUGGAGUGUAAAGGCGAGGGCGACGUGUGGGUACGUUGCCUCAGCGACCACGCCGUCUUCGUGCAGAGCUACUACCUGGAUCGCGAGGCCGGCCGGGCGCCCGGGGACGCUGUGCAUAAGAUCUACCCCAGCGCUUACAUCAAGGUGUUCGACCUGCGGCAGUGUCACAGGCAGAUGCAGCAGCAAGCAGCGACCGCCCAGGCGGCAGCAGCAGCGCAGGCAGCCGCCGUGGCAGGGAACAUCCCCGGACCCGGCUCGGUGGGAGGCAUCGCACCUGCCAUCAGCCUAUCGGCGGCGGCCGGUAUCGGCGUGGACGACCUUCGCCGCCUUUGCAUUCUCCGCAUGAGCUUCGUGAAGGGCUGGGGGCCCGACUAUCCUCGACAGAGCAUCAAGGAGACCCCGUGCUGGAUCGAGAUCCACCUGCACCGUGCCCUGCAGCUGCUGGACGAGGUGCUGCACACCAUGCCCAUCGCGGACCCCCAGCCGCUCGACUGAACUCGUCAAAAGAGAGGGACUCAUUUUUAGAUAUUCGAUGUUCUCGUCCGAUGGAUUUGGACGGUGCUGUAGUGGUGGUAACCCAAAACGACACAUUUGAUCCAAAAAGAAAGAAAUUGCGGAUCUGUCAGACAGCUAGACUAGACCAGAGUGCUGUAUUUCCCCACAUGAUGAACAUUUGCGGCUUUUUGUUGUUGUUAAAGACUUCCUGAUGUUUGAAUCGUUUAUAAAAUUGCAGUUAUACCAGCCACUUCAUUAGUUACACAUGCUUAAAAAUCAAACAGCGGUUAUCAAGUCAAGUUUAUUAAUACAGCCCUUUACAAAAUCAGUAUUUUCAGAUGUAUUAAGGACUACUACAGACACUGAAAGGAUAGAAAGUGGGUGCGUAAAUAGCCUAAUUACAACUUUUUUAAGAAAUAAGGAUCAGGCGAGAAGUACACUUUUGCAUUGAAAGUUUUGAAGUUAUGUGAAAAUUGUAAUUUAAUGAUCACGUGUGGGACUAUUACGAGAGGAAAUUUAGAACUUUUCGCGUGGAGAUACAGCUAAGGAGGCUUCAAUAGUAUUAGUGGGAAAAUGUAAGUAUAAAAAAAAGGUAGAAAAACUGAAAAAAGAUUUUUUUCCUCUGUCUUUCAAAAAAUUAGGCUGAACUUCUUUCUCCCCAAUACAUAAAGUUGCAAUUUAUAUGACCAAAAAAUGAAUAUUCUGAAUUUUAAGGUAGAGAAGUAGUAUAAUUAUAAGUAUCAAGUUGUGUCUUUUAUGAGGACAAAGUGAGACUAUUAGGAGGAAAAGAUUUGGAUGUAUUGAGGGGGAAUAAAACACUUUUUCAGGUUUGACGAGGCAUGAGAAUUUAUAUAUAUACUAGUCCUUCUCAAAAAAUUAGCAUAUUGUGAUAAAGUUGAUUAUUUUCUGUAAUGUACCGAUAAAUGUUUGACUUUCAUAUACAGUGGUACCUCUACAUACGAUCGCUUCGACACACGAACUUUUCUACAUCCGACGUAAAAUUUGACUCGCCAUUUGUUUCUACAUCCGACGACAUGCUCGAAAUACGACGACAAUGGCAGCACCGCAGACGAAUGCACGGCGGAUUUUCUUGUGUGACAAAUCAACACUGGUUUCAGAAAAGGUUGGUACAGGUGGUGAAACAAGGAAAAAGUUGACGCUUACCUUCUAAAUGAAGAUGCAAAUGACAGAAAAAUAUGAGCAUAGGGUGGGCAUCCGUGAAAUGGCUCAACAAUACAUCUCCACGGUCGUCCUCCGACCAUCGUUCGCCAGUCUUUUCAGUUAAGCUGACAAUUCUUAUUGUGGUAACAUCUCCAGAGAAAUUGCCAACUUCGCCACGUUUUUAUCAUUUAUUUCACAACUUAUUCAAAACAAAAACACCUUCUGUCUGCCGCAAUUGACGGUGUUAAGAAAACAUUCAAAGUGAAAGUGAAACUCAAGCUCACCGGUCUGCCUCUGGCACGUCAGCACCGCGGUGCGUUCAGGGUCAGCAAAAAACGUCCGCCACAUUAGAACCAGAUUCGUUACAUUAAUACAGGAAUUAUCAUUAUUAUUCCGAUUUAGAUUUAUAAUUUAUUUGUUUUGCUAUGUGUAAUUGCCAUUUGUAAUAGUCCCAGCAGUAUUUUUUAAGGAUUUAGUGAAGGUUUUUGGGCUGUGGAACGAAUUAAUGGAAUUAUAAUGUAUUCCUAUGGGAAAAUCCUGCUCGACAUACGACCAUUUCGACUUACAAACAAGGUCCUGGAACGGAUUAACUUCGUAUGUAGAGGUACCACUGUAUUUUAGAUUCAUUACACACAACUGAAGUAGUUCAAGCCUUUUAUUGUUUUAAUAUUAAUGAUUUUGGCAAAAAAAAGUCAACAAAAAACAAAAAUCCCUAUCCCAAAAAAUUAGCAUAUUUCAUCCGACCAAUACAAAAAAAGUUAACCUUCAAUUAAUUAUACCAGAUAUGCAGCUAUGGUCGGGAAUCCUUUUGCAGACAUGACUGCUUCAAUGCGGCGUGGCAUAGAGGCAAUCAGCCUGUGGUACUGCUGAGGUGUUAUGGAGGCCCAGGAUGCUUCGAUAGCGGCCUUAAACUCAUCCACAGUGUUUGGUCUGGUGUCUCUUAACUUCUUCACAAUAUCCCACAGAUUCUCUAUGGGGUUCAGGUCAGGAGAGUUGGCAGGCCAAUUGAGCACAGUAAUGCCAUGGUAAGUAAACCAUUUACCAGUGGUUUUGGCAUUGUGAGCAGGUGCCAGGUCGUGCUGAAAAACGAAAUCUUCAUCUCCAUAAAGCUUUUUGGCAGAUGGAAGCAUAAAGUGCUCCAAAAUCUCCUGAUAGCUAGCUGCAUUGACCCUGUCCUUGAUUAAACACAGUAGACCAACACCAGCAGCUGACAUGGCACCCCAGACCAUCACUGACUGUGGGUACUUGACAUUGGACUUCAGGUAUUUUGGCAUUUCCUUCUCCCCAGUCUUUCUCCAAACUCUGACACCUUGAUUUCCGAAUGACAUGCAAAAUUUGCUUUCAUCUGAAAAAAGUACUGUGGACUACUGAGCAAAAGUCCAGUGCUGCUUCUCUGUAGCCCAGGUCAGGCGCUUCUGCCGCUGUUUCAGGUUCAAAAGUGGCUUGACCUGGGGAAUGCGGCACCUGUAGCCCAUUUCCAGCACACGCCUGUGCACGGUGACUCUGGAUGUUUCUACUCCAGACUCAGUCCACUGUUUCUGCAGGAAUCGGCCCUUCUUCACAAUCUUUCUCAGAAAUUUCUUUCUGUGUCUUAGCCUCUUGCUUGAAGGUGUCAAUAACGGCCUUCUUGACAGCAGUCAGGUCGGCAGUCUUGCCCAACAUUGCGGUUUUGAGUAAUGAACCAGGUUGGGAGUUGGGAGGAAACUUUCGCAGGGGUUUUGAGUUAAUUUGUUGAUUCAGAUGAUUAGGUUAGUAGCUUCUUUAGAGUACCUUUUCAUGAUAUGCAAAUUUUUUUAGAUGGGGAUUUUUGGUUUUUCAUGACUUUUUUGCCAAAAUCAUCAAUAUUAAAACAAUAAAAGGCUUGAACUACUUUGGUUGUGUGUAAUGAAUCUAAAAUAUAUGAAAGUCUAAUGUUUAUCAGUACAUUACAGAAAAUAAUGAACUUUAUCACAAUAUGCUACUUUUUUAGAAGGACCAGUAUAUAUACAGUGAUACCUCUACUUACAAACGUCUCUACAUACAGAAUUUUAACGCCUCAACGUGAAAAUAUUGCCUCGAAAGAAUUUUCGUAAUACGAAAGGCAAAAAUACAGUAUGGCUAGUACUCGCAGCUCCCAGUUUACUCAAUGUAACCUACUUACGUCUAGCUGCUCUGCCAUUGGCUAUUGCCUAGCAACAUCCAAUUGGCUAAGAGCGACCUCUAGUGUUAGUGUGUAUCCCAGCGUCGUCCUCAUUCGCCCCUCGUGUUCCAACAGCUUUCCAUGAGUCUGUUAACUUUUAUUCUUGUGUUUUACAUUAUGCACAACUCUAAUUUUGUGUAUUGUGCAAUAAUCUAAUUGUAACAUGUGUUUAUUACAUGUUUUGAUCUAUUUUUAUGCAUUAUAAAAGGUUUAUGUCUGAAUUUUGCGGGGCUUGGAACAAAUUAGGGCAUUUACAUGGAAAGCGUGUCUACUUACAGAAUUUUCAGGUUAUGAAACUACUUCCAGAACCAAUUAAUUCCAUAAGUAGGGGUACCACUGUAUAUAUAUAUAUAUAUAUAUAUAUAUAUAUAUAGACUAUAGAGUAAAUUUCUGACCCACAAGGAGUAAGUAUGGCCAAACUGCAAGCCACUACGGAUUUGACAGCCAUUAAAAAAGGCAUUGGUGGGAAAUGUCAGUCCACCUCCUCCCCAAAAUGUGUAUAUAGAUUAAUUUGACAAUUAAUAUGUUCUGGAAUUUCCAAGGUUUCCCAAACUUUCGUCAACUGACAAUGUAGUCAGGUGACAAUAUGAGGAACCUAUGGUUAAUAUUAGAAGUUAGGGAUGUCCCGAUCUGAUCACGUGGUCACAAAUCGGCCCGAUGGUGCUAUUUUUCAGAGGAUUAGAAUCGGUUUUUAAUUUAAAAAAUGUUUUUUUGCUCCAUGCUUGUACAGCCUCUCACUCUCCCUCCUGCUGCUUUUCUUGGUCAGCAGUGCAGCUGGAGGUUUGCUAAAGUUAACGGUGAUUGACAGGUUUGUAGCUUUGAUCAGGCAAGUGAAGGCUCAGUCGCUCUAUGAUCAAAAGCAUGAAUGUGUCAAUCGUCAUCAACAAGAAAAAGGUUGCGCACACCAGUGCAACCAAUACAAUAAAUAAUUGCGGAGCCUUGGCAACAUAUAUCGCAAUGUUAAUUUUUUCCACUGUUAUUCAGGCCUAAUUUAUGUGGUUUUUUUUUUUCUUUUUAAAGGCUAAAAAGUAAUAAAAUAAACCAGAAAUACAAAGGCAUUGCCAAAAGAUACAAAAUUAGACGUUUUAUACUCCGCAACAUUCCUGGAAAAGGCGGAAGAUUAAGUACUGUAAAAAAAGUACAGUACUGUAACAUGUUUUGAAAUUUUGUUAAUAUAAAAACUUUUUGGGUUUUUUCGGUGUCAAUCGACAGUUUCUCAAAAUCAGGUGCCUUGGAUUGGGGUGCACAAAUAUGCCAUCGGGACAUCCCUAAUUAGAAGUGAAAAAAAAAAUAGAUGUAAUACUCUGUAAAUGGAGUGAAGUUGCAUAUUUUUACAAAAGGUUCAGAGUUAUGACUUAAAAAAUAAUUUUACAAGUCAUUUUAAAAGAUAAUGAGAAGUAGGGCUGAGCAAUUUAUGACAGUUUAAAGCGGAAAAAUUUGGAGUUAAUUUCAUGGAUCAGCAGUUAGUGAUCUUUUCCUGGAUCAAACAUGGUGUAAACCUGUGUGACCACAGCCAGAGUUGACCUUUUCCUUAACCGUUUCCGCACGAAGAAUAGAAUAUAGGAACAAAAUUUUGAGUCGAAUUGGAAUUACCGUAAUUUUCAGACUAUAACCCGCUACUUUUUUCCCUCGUUUUGAAUCCUGCGGCUUAUAGUUGAGUGUGGCUCCUUUGUUGAUUUACUUGGGUUAAUAGGCAACACUUUAUUUGAAAGCAGUGUCAGUCAACCUAUGGUGCCAACUGCUGUCAAGACUUGUCGUCCAACAUGCCUCCUAUCAUGCAUGGCAUAGCUACAGAUGUAAAUAACAAUCAAAAUUCAUGUUCUGUGCUAAUUAUUUCUUCAGUUACUGUUCCGGUUGUUUCAUUAGUUUCUAGUUAUGGUAUUUGGUAGCACUUAAUUCAGUAUUGGCGCCGUAAGACCGUCAUAAUUAGGACAUGACACUAUCAUGGGCAUUAAUGAAUGUUUUACGGCUGCAGCUAUCGAUUAUUUUAGUAGUCGAUUAAUGGAUGAACUAGUUCGUUCGAAUAAUCAAGUAAUCGGAAAAGGAAUGUAAAAAAUUAAAAUACCUGAGCUGAACCUUAAACUGUUAAAAAAAAGAAAUAAAGAUCUAUGGACAACGAAAGAACAAUUGGCUAACUUACAUAGCAAUAGUCCGUUAGCUUAAAUGCUAUAAAACGCUAAUGUUUUUUUUUUUUUACAAUGCUCUUAACAAAUGGUUUAAGCACAUAUUCCCACAGAAAACGGCUAAAUAUACCUAUAUACUAAAUUACGAAUGCAUUAAAAAAAAACAUUAGCUCAAACUAAAACUUAGGUUAUGUUGGUCUUAACAUGGAGCAGCUGGAUUCAGCCAUGUGAAAUGAGGCAGAAUACAGGGCAUUGUAUCCACCCAAAUCAAUAAAACUCAAUGCAAACACUUUCAAAAUAAACCAUUACGACGCCACUUUAAUUAAACGAAUACUCGAAGCAAAAAAUGUAAUUCGAAUCUUUUCUAAUCGUAUACUCGAGUCAAUCGAUUAAUCGUUGCAGCACUAGAAUGUUUAUGAAAGCUGUCAUUAAGUGUCAUCCGGCAAAUUAUGUCACUAACUCCAUUUAUGUCCUGCUCAGAUCUUUUACAUCCAUUCAAAGGUGAUUGAGAAGUGCUACCAAAUACCAUAAAUAGCAAUUAAUGAAACAACUGUAACAGUAACUGAAGAAAUUACCACAGAACAUGAAUUUUGAUUACAUACAGUACUGUGCAAAAGUUUUAGGCAGGACACCUGCCUAAAACUUUUGCACAGUACUGCAUAUUUUUAUUAUAUUACGUACAUACAGGAUAUACUGUAUGUAUAUAUUUUCCCCAAGUGGAAGCUUCCAUGAUCCUAAUAAAAAAUAAAAAAUAUAUAAAAACAGUACUGUGCAAAAGGUUUAGGCAGGUAUCCUGUCUAAAACUUUUGCACAGUACUGUAUGUAGCGCUGCAAUACAUGCUAGGAGGCAUGUCAGACGACAACAGUGUUGACAGCAGAUGGCAGCAGACGUUGACUGUCUACCUCAAGGGAGCAGUGAUGGUCAAAUGGAGCUUCUUGAAGCUUUCAAGCAAUUGGUUCAAAGCCUCAUGAUGGUUAUAGUAAUAGUUUCACAAACAUACCCCCGCCAUUCCCUGAGAUCUCCCAAAGUUUUGUCUCAACAUCGCAUUAGUGUGCACCUAAUGUUGUGGCUGAUGACUGAUCCUCAUGUGAUAGUUGGCAAAAUUAACUGUAAAUCUUUCCCAGCUGUUUUUGAUACAUUUUUUCAAAAAUCUUUUCAUGAAAUUAUUCGAAUGUUUUAGCACUUUAUUUAGCCGUACAUUUGUAUUAGAACACUAAAAAUGCUAUUGUUUUUCCACCAACAUAUGUGGCUAGUCUGUUGUAUUUUUUUUUAAUCACAUGUAUAUAAAUAGAAAUAUAUAUCUUUGUAGUGCAUGCUGAUGUCAACGAUUCCACAUUCAAACUCACUUUUACAAAAUAAACCAAGUCAUCAGUGAUACAAACAAGAGACCCUCUCAGUGUGGCUUUAAAAAGAAACCGUCUUUAUUAAGUAACCUUUAAUAUCAGAAAAAUAAAACU